GAAAAAGCAGCCAUCUUUAGGCCCUCCAGUGGUCGACAGUAACGAUACCGCAAACACGUCUUCAUCCUUUUAUUUAUUCGUUGUCGAAGAGGCGAAAGCUUCGGCCCGGAAGUCGUGACAGCAUGGCGUCAGCUGCAUCACGCUGGGAUGAGCAUCAGGCGUACGAGGAGCUGCUGUACUGGGACAGUCUCAUACAACAGGGACACCGUCUCCUCCCGCACGACUUUGAGAGAUACGAGGAGCUGCGUUACUGGUAUGACUGCCUGUGCUACGAGGAGGAGCUGAGACAAUAUCAUGAUUACAUCGCCUCCAUGGAGGAGGUUGAGGAACCUCGGCGUCAUAAGGACACUGCAGCCAAUAAGGUGCAUACAGGGCCGUAUGAUCGCCACGUGAUGGCCAAACACUCUGAAGUGUAUCCUUCACCAGAGGAGCUGGAGGCGGUGCAGACUAUUGUCACCCGUGUGGAAUGUGCUCUUAAGACUGUGUCUGACCAGAUGGAUAAGCUGAAAGAUGACAAAAAUGAUACAGAGGCCGGGAGUAAAAGCAAUGAUUCACAAGACCGUGUCCUGCGUGGAGUUAUGAGGGUCGGUCUGGUGGCCAAGGGACUCCUGCUGAAGGGGGACAAGGAGGUGGAGCUGGUGCUGCUUUGCUCCAACAAGCCCACCAUCACUCUGCUCAAUCAAGUGGCUGAAAAGUUAACUGAACAGUUGGAGACAAAUUCAGCUGGGUCAUAUACAGUGAGCCAGUGUCCAGGGGAUGCAACUCUCGUUGUGGCAAGCACCAAGGAGUCAGCCUUGACUCUCACUAUCCACCUGACGUCACCGCUGGUCAGGACUUUGACAGAGAGUAGACCUGCAGAAGAAAAAGGUGCAGAGGAGGAAGUUACAGAAGUCGAUGAUCCGCCGGACGUUCUGGACAGGCAGAAAUGCCUAACUGCCUUGGCGUCCCUCCGCCACGCCAAGUGGUUCCAGGCCAAAGUCAACAACCUGUCUUCUGCCGUCAUUGUGAUCCGGAUUAUGAGAGACUUAUGUAACCGCGUUCCUACCUGGACACCACUCUCAGGAUGGCCACUUGAACUGCUGGUGGAGAAGGCUAUUGGUACAUCUGAGAGACCAAUGGGAGUAGGCGAGUCGUUGCGCAGAGUUUUGGAGUGCGUUGCAUCUGGAAUCCUCUUGGAUGACGGCCCUGGAAUAAAAGAUCCAUGUGAGAAGGAACCAGUCGACGCCACUGCGUAUCUGACUCUGCAACAGCGCGAAGACAUCACGCAGAGUGCUCAGUUUGCCUUGAGGCUGUGCGCAUUUGGACAGAUGCACAAGGUGUUGGGGAUGGACUACAAACCUUCAAAGCCACGGAAAUCAGGAGGAGGCAGCAGCAGAGAUGGCACAGCCCAGAUAACACCUGCUGGACACUACAACCUGCCAUCUAAGAGACCUUACACAGAGGUGGACAAAGAAGGGGAGGAGCCGCAACUCAACAGCAAACAGAGGAAGUUUCUCAAGUUCCAGAAGCGUUUUCCGAGGAAAUCAUUCACGGAUGAUUUCAGCAUGAAUGCCGUCAUGCGUCUGAACCAGUACAGACCUGGUCUGGAGUACCAACUGACGGCUCAGACUGGUCCAGUACACGAGCCGGUCUUCACAAUGGCUGUUGAUGUAAAUGGGAAAACCUACGAGGCAACGGGGCCCUCAAAACGAGCUUCCAAGCUGAAUGUAGCCACCAAGGUCCUGCAGGAUCUCGGUCUUCCGACGGGCUCAGAAUCCAAACCAGAGUCCGCUGCUGAUGGCGAAGGAAACCAGGAGUUAGUGAAAGCUGCCAGCACGACCUCUAAUACAUCAGAAGACAGCGGUCAGGGUCCUAUCUUGACCAAACAUGGCAAGAACCCCGUGAUGGAGCUGAAUGAGAAACGCCGCAGCCUGAAGUACGAGCUGUCUGCAGAGACGGGCGGCUCCCAUGAAAAGUGCUUUGUCAUGGAGGUGGAGGUUGAUGGGCAGAAGUUCAAAGGGAGAGGCUCUAAUAAGAAGGAAGCAAAAGCCUACGCUGCCCUCGCUGCUCUGGAGAAGUUGUUUCCGGAUGACAACGGAGUGUCAAACGCCAGCAGAAAUCCUUUAAAGAAGAAGGUCACCUACACUGACAUGCACAUCCCAGGGUUCGGCACGAUCCGCGGCAUCCCUUCAGACUCCGGGACUCGUGGCUGGGGCCCCCACAGAGGUCGAGGCCGGGGGAGAGGCAAACAGUUUUCCUCAGGACCCAGCUACAACAAGACUAACUACAGUUAUGAGAGCGGCACUGGCGCAGGCUAUCAUAAACUGUACGGUAACAACGGAGCCAACACCACAGCCAAAAACACCGGCUCCACUGGAUCAGGCGUCGACUCUGGCUACGGCACCUUUUACCCGGAGGCCAGCGCCGCGUACGCCUCCCAGCCCGUCUCUGGCUCCGACUCGAACACGGCAAAGGUUGAAAGCUACCAGUCGAUGCCUCCACCGGCUGACCAGGAGAGCCCGUACAGCUACGGGUACGGAGAUGAGAAGAAGAAGAUGCUGACCCAAAGUCAGAACGAGGGCCACGGAGGAGACUACUCCAUGUACAGCACGGCUUACCCCAGCUCAGUGACGGGCGGACAGACGUACAAUAAUUAUGGCUGGGACAACCAGUCAUCCUGGGGGAACCAGCAAGGGUACCAGGGCUACCAGGGCUUCGGAGGGCAAAACCAGGACUCCUAUUCGGGAUACAGUGACAUGAAUUACUAACAAUCAGAGCGUGUACGGCCUCUUUCAACCCACUAUGCCAUCUUCUGACUCUGACUGUCCCUGAUGAUGAUGAUGAUGAUGAUGAUGCUGCUCACACAGGAGUUCUGGAAAAGAUAAAGUGGUUGUGAUAUUUCAAACUGGAUUUUUUGUUGUUUUGGGUUUGUUUGUUUUUUUGUGUUUUUACCUCACUUUUUAGUUCUUGGACAUCUGGUAAAACAGAUGUUGCAGGCUUAUCUUUUGAUAACCUGUUUUCUUUUAACUGCAGCAUUUCUUUUCAUGUCUGUGUUGACAUGAGUGUAAAAAAUACCUGGUUUCAUCGUGUUUUGUUUCUGGGGUUGUUGUGUGUUGUUUUUUUAUCCUUGUGUUCUGUAUCUGCAUCAGUAUGUUGUGGUUUUCAUUAACAGCUUCUUGUAGUUUUGAACUGAAGGUUUAUUUCUGUGUCACAUGAAAUCCUCUAUUCUUUCUUGUAAAAUAAAGACUUAUUUUGAA